AUCAAAGUAGUUGUGUAACAUGUCAUAACAGUUUCUGACGUUCUAACCAAAAAUUCCAUCAACUAGAAUUUGGCUGGAUUUUAUUAUCCAAGAAGAUUUGCUUAAGAUGAGUGCCCCACCGGCUCGUGGUGUUGUAGCCCUUUUCAAACGAGGAUGGAAUGAGAUCCCCGAAGUCAUCGGCAGCACCUUCAUGGGCUUCGUUGGUAUUGGGUUGGCACUCUCAGGCCUAGCCAUUUAUCAAAAGAAAGAUGGUGAUAACAGGAAAUACAAACUAGAAUAUACCGUCAUAAGGCACGAUGAUCCAAUGGCCAAGUUUGUGCAUAAACGAGAAUGCGAAUAAUUUGGGUGUGUAUCCACAUGCUAGAACAUUGUUAAUUAGAAUAUGAACUGAAAUGUGUCAUAUUUACAAAAUCAAGUGAUUUUUAAUAUCUACAUCUGUAAUAAAUAUGCAAUUUAAAGAUAUCUCUAUGUAUAUGUGAUUAUAAUCUUUUGUUGACACAGUCUAAAA